CACUGUUUAUGGAUGUUCCUCUUUUUAGACCAUUUCUGGAAUAUUUACACAGUGGCUGAUGAUGGGAGUUUGAAGUUUGUGUGAAAGAAACUUGAGGUGAAUCUGCCUAUCACAUGGCGAGAGUGGGAAUGUUAAAUAGGCCUACAUUUUCACCAACAGGGGGUGCUGUUUUACGAUAUUGACGGGUUUUAAAUCAUACAUUAAAUUCAAAGAAGGCUGGAGAAGCGGAUGGUUAAAAAAAACCUUGCCAACUUCCUUUGCCAUCUUCCUAGUUGGAAAAUGAGCUCGUUGUGUGUGCAGUCUGGAUUAGAGCAAAUAUGAGUUACAUUUAACCUUAUUAGUCUUUGCUUUACACAGAUUUUACACAGGCAGGAAUUCCGUCGUUUCGCCCUGCAGCCUCUUGUCGUUCUGUGAGUUCCUCCUGACCACAUGUUUUGAAUACUUGUGUUUUCCACUGGGUUAGAAACUAGUCACCGGUCUGAAUCACAGGCUACUGCUGCUAAAAACAGACAUAUAAAAGACUAUUUUCUCACUUUCAUUUUCAUUUGGGUGCUGGUUCAUAGAGAUGAAAACACAAAUAGUGUGGUUUUCUGCAUGACUCCUUUUAUUUCGAAGUUCAGCCUGUCAUUCUGUUGAAAACCUCUUGGAUCUUUGAAAAAGUUAGCCGUGGAACAUAGGAGCUUGCAGAGUUUAGUCCAAAGAUCAGUUUUUAAGGCAAUAAUCCUUCAAAAUCCUUCAUCAUCAGCACACAACCACCAAAAGGUAGGACCAAACACGAAGUAGGAUUACAUGGCUGCAUUUAUUGCUGAAAAUUUUAAAUUUGCUGCUCUUUUCUUUAAGAGUAAGGAUGUAGUGAUCUUCAAUGGGCUGAUAGCCCUGGGGACAGUGGCUAGUCAAACAGCAUACAACAUAUUUGCCUUCGAAUGCCCAUGUUCUGCUCAGAGAAAUUAUCUUUAUGGGUUAGCUGCUAUUGGCGUACCUGCCCUAACUUUCUUUUUAAUUGGAGUAAUGCUCAGUCGUAGCACCUGGGACCUUGUUUCGGAGUGUCGCAUCAGAAAAUGCCGGAAGCUGUCUGCGGCUGCUGCUUUUGCUCUACUGGGUUCAAUAGUGGGCCGUGCAGCAGUGGCUCCUGUAACCUGGUCUGUCAUCUCACUCCUUAGAGGAGAGGCCUAUGUUUGUGCGCUUAGUGAAUUUGUGGACCCUCAGUCUUUGGAAAACUUUCCUUCCACUACCCAGAGCUCCAUUAUCAUGGCCCAGUUUCCCUGUAAGGAUGUGCCUGCAGAGCUGCUGCACUUCUGGAAAGACAUCGAACGCCGACUCAAGUAUGAAUCUCAGCUGUUGGGUUGGAUGUUGGUGGCUAUCAUCUCUUUCACUGUGUUCCUGGUGAUGUGUGGAAAGCGCUGCUGCUCUCCCCUGGGCUACCAGCAGGAGGCAUACUGGUCUUCCUAUCGGGCCAAUGAGCACACUCUUUUCCAGCGCACUGCUGAGGCUCAUGCCAAGCUCCGUGCUGCUGAGAGCAUCAGGACCUUCUUUGGGUUUGUAGCCCUGGAGGAGCAGGAAAGGGGGCUUCUGGCAGCAUGUCACGGGGCCAAACUGGCAAUUUCCAAUCUGGAGUGGAACCAGAUAACAGGAGUUUACUUAUACAGAGAGAAUGAAGGGACUCCUCUGUACAGUCGCCUAAAUAAAUGGGCCAAUUUCACAAUUGGGAACAACACUGAGGCCAUUGAGAUGGACAUGUUAGGUUAAGGUGUGAAUGGUCAUCCACAGUAACCAACUACCUUUUGGUCAUUUCUUGUGGACAAUUGUUUGUCCUUGCUGUGCAAAUCUGAGUAGUGUUUGCUUUCUUCUUUUAUUUUGCUUGAAAAUGUCACUAUGAUAAUUUAUUAUUUGAGAUGCAAACAUAUUUUUAAUCUGUUUUUUAACUUGAUGAUGGUAUGAAUUGAGUGAUACAGUUAAUUCAUCAGAAAUGUACAUUAAUACAUAAUGCAUACUGGAGCAGCUUUUCUCCGUUUGUAAAGACAUGGAACGCCAUGGAAAACUUUUUUAAAUGUAUGGGCUAUUUGUAUUUUUUUUUAUAUGUGCUGAUAUGUAUUGUAUACUAGUCUCUUUAAAUUUUUUUUUAUUAAUUACUCAUUAAUAAUGUCAGCAUUUGUUAUGGUGCCUUAUAAUUAGUUUUUGAGAAUGUAUGUUAUCUCAUGUGGGCUACACAGGUGUACAGUGGGUGGCAUUGCUACCUCACGGAUCUAGGGUCCUUGAUUCAAUUCUGAACUCAGGAUUGACAAUGGUGUUUCCUAUAGUUUCCUCCAACUGUCCCAAAAAACAUGCAGGUAGAUGGAUUGGCUACACUGUGUGUGUGUGUGUGUGUGUGUGUGUGUGUGUGUGUGAAUGGUGCUCUGCAAUGGACUCAAACCCCAUCUGCGGUGAAUUAUCCUGCCAUGCGCCCAGUGUUGCCGACAUUGUCUCCACAUUCACCACAAGCCUAACCACGAUAAAGCAGUUACUGAAUGAAUCAAUGUUAUCUCAGGUAGGCCCUAUGUUAGGACAUGUUGGUGUGCUAUUCAGACAACUAUUGUUAAUAUUGUACAAUACGUAUAUAAAAUAAUCCACAAUAUAUUACAAUAUAUUUUAUUAAAGUUUUUAUUGUACAUUUGUUCUUUUUUCUCUAUGAAUAUUAUAAAAUCCUGUGUAAGUCUUAAACCCAGGCAUCAGAAGUUUGGGUUUAAAACAGUUCAUUAGGUUUCCAUUCACAUUGCUAAUAGCAGAUCCAAAUGGUUCUUGCAUUUCCUCUGUUAACACUUUCAGGUGUAAAAAUGUGACAAACACAACAUUAGG